CUCGGUGGCGUAGGGAUCUGGGUUGUGCUGAGGCUGAGCUGAAUGAGAUUGAAGAAGAGUUCUUCUUGUUUUGUAGCUUCAGUUUCUCUGUUUUUUAACGUCUUUUUUACUCCAACAACAGAACAAAGUGCAGUUCGGUGAGCAGGAGGCGGCCGGACUCCUGCUCAGCUGCGGCUCCUUCGUAUAUCGGCAGUUGGGAGGAAAAUAUUUAAUUAAUCUGGAGGAGGACUGCUGCUGAGGCAGCACAGAGGGGUGGAGUCCAGUCCAACAGCCAAUUGCGGCACUUUAAUGCUUCAGUUGGAUGCUGUUCCUACUGGAGAAGGUGUUCAGGCUGAUCGAACGGCUGACAGACUGACUGGAUCCAUGAUGGAAUUACAGACGUUACAGGAGGCCCUGAAGGUGGAGAUCCAGAUCCAUCAGAAACUGGUGGCUCAGAUGAAGCAGGACCCGCAGAACGCAGAUCUGAAAAAGCAGCUCCAUGAACUCCAAGCAAAGAUCACAGCGCUCAGCGAGAAGCAGAAAAAGGUGGUGGAACAGCUGAGAAAAGAGCUGCUGGUGAAGCAGGAACCAGAGGCCAAACUCCAGCUGCAGGUCCAAGCUGCUCCCGUAGGGGGCGACCUGAAGCCGGCCAACCUGCUGCAGAGCCAGCAGAUCCCUGGAGGGCUGCAGCAGGUGGGUCACGUUGCUCCCUGUGAUCCGACUCGCCGUUCAGCAGCCGUCUCAGUCUGUCUUCUCCCUGAACAGACGCUGACAGUCACACCGGUCCUCACCGCCAAGACUCUGGUGCUGAAAGCCGCUGCCACGCCCGCCCUGCCCGGAGCCAUCCUGUCGCAGCGCCCUCCCACCGUCGCUAUGGUAACCACAGCUAUCACCAAACCCGACUCGCAGAGCGUCCCCAUCAACCUGCAGGUGGCCAGCAGACUGACCAAUCAGAGCGCGGAGCCCGUCCGACUGGUCUCCAAGAACGCCGUGGUGCUGCAGGCCACCACCACAUCCGCCCAGCCAAUCAAAGUUCCUCAGUUUGUCGCUCCUCCUAGACUGACGCCUCGGCCCACCUUUCAGCCACAGGUCAGGCCGAGGCUGGCCACGCCCACCAACGUCCCCAUCGCUCCAGCCCCUCCCCCUCCCAUGAUGGCGGCUCCCCAGUUGCUUCAGAGGCCCGUCAUGUUGGCAACCAAGCUGGCGACCUCGCUGCCUUCGGCCGCUCCAAUCCACCAGGUCCGCAUCGUCAACGGGCAGCCCUGUGGCAAGACGGGCUCUGCCCCUCUGACCGGCAUAGUCAUCACAACGCCCGUCACCGCCACCCCCACACGGCUCGCCAGCCCCGCCCAGGCGCUUACUAACACCGCUCCUCUCCCGACUCCACCCCCUCCAGCCCCGCCCAUCCAAAUUAGCAGCUUGAUCGUUGAGCCGAAGCAGACUGUUAAACUGGAAGCAGCGGAACAGAAAGCUGUGGUCACCCUGCCGUCCUCCUCCACCCCUCCACUGUCUCCGCCCCCCAGACCCAAAAAGGAGGAGAACCCAGAGAAACUGGCCUUCAUGGUGUCUCUGGGCCUCGUCACACACGACCACCUGGAAGAGAUCCAAAGCAAACGGCAGGAGAGGAAGAGGAGAACGACAGCUAACCCGGUGUACAGCGGAGCUGUGUUCGAGCCCGAGAGGAAAAAGAGCGCAGUGAGCUACCUGAACAGCCCUCUGCACCAGGGGACCAGGAAGAGAGGUCGCCCACCCAAAUUCAGCAGCGUCACGGAGCUGGGCAGCCUCACCCCGACCUCCCCCUCCAGCCCCGUCCGUCCCCUCCCCCUGCCCAGCCCCGGCUCGGGGGAUGGAGACAUCCACGAGGAUUUCUGCACUGUGUGCAGACGCAGUGGCCAGUUGCUCAUGUGCGACACGUGUUCUCGUGUUUAUCACCUGGACUGCCUGGAUCCACCCCUGAAAACCAUUCCUAAAGGCAUGUGGAUCUGUCCAAAAUGUCAAGACCAGAUUCUGAAGAAAGAAGAAGCCAUUCCCUGGCCCGGUACCCUCGCUAUCGUUCAUUCCUACAUUGCCUACAAAGAAGCUAAAGAAGAGGAGAAGCAGAAGCUGAUGAAGUGGAGCUCAGAGCUGAAACUGGAGCGGGAGCAGCUAGAACAGAGGGUCAAACAGCUCAGUAACUCCAUAACGAAAUGCAUGGAGACCAAAAACAGCAUCCUGGCUCGUCAGAAGGAGAUGCAGCUUUCCCUGGACAAUGUCAAGCAUCUGAUUCGCCUCAUCCAAGCCUUCAACUUUAACCAGGCGCUGGCAGAGACGGAGGGGAAGGAUGUCCGGGUUCAGGGCGGAGCUCAGGCUGCAGCCGAGGUCGGCUCGGUGGAGAAGCAGGCAGUGAGCGUUUCUUUGGUCAGCGGCAAGAAGGAGGAGCAGAAGCCAGAAGGAGCAGCAUCGUCGUCAUCAUCAGGAGGAGGCAAGAGCACAGUCCUGACUAACUGCCCCGUCGCUGUGGAGGGGGCUGCCAAGGGGCCCGGGGCCCACACAGAGACCGCUCCUCGUUUGGAGGGUCAGCUCAAGCCUGAGACUGAGACGGCUCCUGUGGCUCCGGCUGCCGCCGCAACCACCAAUGGUACGACAGAGCCGCCGUGCCCCGCCCACAGCCCCGCCGCAGCAGCAGAGAACAAGAUGGCCGCCGCGAACCCUGCGGAGACGGCGGCAGAGAAGAACCAGGAGGAGCUCGGCGACGGCGGCAGCAACAACAGCAAAACCUCAGAACCCUCCCAGCAUUCUUUGCCAGCUCUGCUCAGCAGUUUGGACGAUAAAAAGUAACGCUGCGUCUCCGUGGCGACGGGAAGUCAAACAUAUAUAUUAAAAAAAAAAGACUUUUGCUUGCACCACAGGGUGCCCUGAAGUUGCCAAUCUGUAUAAAUGUUGUUUGUUUGCAUCGUA